UGUGCCCUAAGACCACCAAGCAGACCUAUAUAGAAAAGUCCGCAGGUUGUUCAUGAUAGCCGACGGUCUGAUUGACACGCGUAACGCCCGCGUCUCACCGCUCCUCCUCCUACCCUCUGAGCUGCGCAACCAAAUCUACAACUACGUUCUGGCCUCCGACAGCAUCAAGAUCGUCACUCCAAGAGCGACAAAGCGGAGCGGAUAUUCCAUAGUCGAAAAGGCGACCAACGUAAUAAUCGGCAUAUCCCGCGUAUGCCAGCAAAUCACGAUCGAAACGAUUUGCAUGCCAUGCGCCACUGACACAGUCCACUUCGCUAGCAUACACGUCUGCGAACAAAACACUUCCGCGCUCCGUGCCUCGCAACGUUAACGCUGUGGCACCUGUGUCGCACCAGUAGGACCGAACCUUCUUACCAACGUCUUAGGAAUGACGUUGAGGCCUCACUUGUCCUCAUAUGCCCCUAUGAUCCUGAGGACAGGAUGGCUGAGCUUUAUGUUCAAGAAAAAAAAAGAGACGUGUUCCAUAAGGACCUUGAAUUAUUGAUAGGAGAGCGUGAAGGGGAAAGGACAAGUUGAAGAUCUAUAGGACGAGGAAGUAUGUUACAUGGCAUGGACCAGCUGAAUCGCUGAGAUGGCAAGAUACCUACAAUAUAUUGCUUACUCACUGAUUG